UCACUCUGAAUUCUCACCAUUUUUGUACUUGUAUACCCUUGUCUCACUUCCAUCUCAAGGCCCUGAAUCUGUCCACAACAGGAUUCUUCUCGGCAGCCCUUCAGUCGAGAGGAAACAAUCUCUCCGCACGUAAGACUGCGUACAUCUGACUCUCUCGAAACGUUAUAGUGACGGGAGCUUCAUGUGCAGGCUAGUACCAUGAUUACGUCCGCUUCACAUCGCAAACUCAUCAUUUGCGCGGUUUUUAUGAUCCAAAUACGAUUGAUAACCAUAGUCAAAUCGAUUGAGAUCAAUGAGUACUUUCCUGAUGAAAGAGAUGCUUUAAUGCAGAUUAGAGACAUAGUCAAUUCUUCUUCCAAUUUGCACGCGAAUUGGACCGGUCCCCCUUGUCACAAGAGCAAGAGCCAAUGGGCAGGGAUUGUUUGUUCCAAUUGGCAUGUCACACACCUUGUCCUGGAAAAUAUACAGCUUACUGGUUCUCUCCCACCUACAUUCCUGCAGAACUUAACUUUCUUGAGCAAACUCAGCUUCAGAAACAAUUCAAUCCACGGUCCUCUUCCCAGUCUCAAGAAUCUCAUGAACCUGGAAUUUGUGUUCCUGUCACAUAAUCAAUUCUCGGGUUCAAUUCCUUUGAAUUACAUUGAAUUGCCAAAGCUAGCUAAAUUAGAACUGCAAAAUAAUUCUCUUGGUGGUUCAAUCCCACCUUUUGAUCAGCAAACCUUGAAGGUUUUCAAUGUCUCUUAUAAUCAACUUGAUGGUGAAAUCCCGGACACUCGGGUUCUUCAAAGAUUUUCGAAAAGCUCCUAUGAUCAUAAUUCCAAUCUGUGUGGGAGACCAGUUGAAAUAACAUGCCCAGUUUUGCCUCUUACUCCACCCCCAGUUCCUUACCCUCCAUCAAAAAAGAAGAAUAAGGUGGUUCUCAAGCAGCAGCAGCAGCAGUUCCCUUCUGUGUCAUCCUUGUUUUUCUCUGUUAUAACAAGAAAGUCCAUGGAAAAAAAGGAGAGAAGGCAGCAGUGGUUGAAACAGCUCGCAAAAUCCAGAGGAGGGCAUGCUAAACAUGAAACUAUAGGAGAACAUUCUGAGGUGAGGGCAACUAAGACGCAUUGGUCUCAGAACAUGGAGGAUCCAGAAAGAACAGUAGAGUUACAAUUUUUCGACAAAAAUAGAGUGAUUUUCGACCUGGAUGAUUUGCUGAGGGCAUCAGCUGAAGUGAUAGGGAAGGGAAAACUAGGUACUACAUACAAAGCAAUGCUUGAAAGUGGUUCGGUUGUGGCUGUUAAGAGAUUGAAACACAUGAAUGCUUUGAGUAAGAAGGAAUUUGUUCAGCAGAUGCAGUUGCUUGGAAACCUGAGGCAUGAAAACCUUGUUGAGAUUGUUUCUUUCUACUAUUCAAAGGAGGAGAAGCUGAUAAUCUAUGAUUUUGUUCCCAAUGGCAACUUGUUUGAGCUGUUGCAUGAGAACAGAGGAAGGGGAAGAAUACCACUAAAUUGGACUACAAGACUAUCAAUCAUCAAAGACAUAGCAAAGGGUCUUACAUUCCUCCAACAGUCCUUGCCUUCACACAAGGUGCCUCAUGGAAACCUCAAUUCAUCCAAUGUUCUUAUCCACUGGAACAGCCAAACCUGCCACUCCAAGCUCACUGAUUUCGGGUUCUUUCCCCUCCUGCAAUCUCGAAAACUCUCUGAAAAUCUUGCUGUUGGAAAAACACCAGAAUUCUUUCGAGGGAAGAAACUCACUUGCAAAGCUGAUGUCUAUUGCUUUGGUAUUGUUCUUUUAGAGAUCAUAACUGGCAAAAUCCCGGGCCAAAAUACCCUGGGAGACGAGGGAACUAGUGCUGAUGAUCUUUCAGAUUGGGUUAGAACAGUUGUGAACACUGAUUGGUCAACUGAUAUAUUGGAUAUAGAGCUACUGGCAGGAAAAGAAGGUCAUGCAGAGAUAUUGAAGCUGACAAAGAUAGCUUUUGAGUGUACUGAUAUGGCACCGGAGAAUCGGCCCAAGAUGAAUCAAGUGUUGAGAAGGAUAGAAGAGAUUGAUGGAGCAAUUCAGGAGAGAGAAUGA